AUGCUAACACUCUGUGCCACAUACUUGGAGGAGUGUCCUAAGGAGCCUUACAUCCCCAUCUACCUGGUGGUGAUGGGGGCGGUGAUACUGGAGACGUUUGGCCUGAUAGUGAUCCUGCUUAUCUGUCUGCCCUCUGCCAAACCCCAAAACCCCCGAAGACGAGACCACCUACCCCUUCCGCCGCGGCCCCUUCUACGCCUGGAUCUCCCUCACCUACUCCUUUGUCUUCUGCUGGUUCAUUGCUGGGUUUACGAGCCCAACUAUGUGAAGAAUGGCACGAUGGCCGACUCAACGUACUGCCACAAGACCGUGUAUCUGUUCACCUUCUGGACCACCACCCUGGUCUACAUCCUGCUGGGGGUCUACGUGUCGGGAAUCUGCUGCGUGUUCAUCUGCAGCGUGCUCAUCUGCAUCUCCCAAUCUUCCAAUCCAGAUCCUGAAGACCAAUCCUGA